AUGAAAAGUGAUAGUGAACAAGAUGACAAACAAUCGUCAAAACCAAAGACUUACACCAUAAAGUAUAAAAGGCCGAGGGGCUCGCGCGCAUGUACGGUCUGCCGUGCCAGAAAAGUUCGAUGCGAUGCGGAAAUACACAUCCCUUGCACCAAUUGCAUCACUUUUGGCUGCGAAUGCUUGCUUCCAGAAACAAAGAAGAGAAGCUCUGGUCGUGUGUCUAUGCGCAAGGGGAGUCCACAGGCUCCAGAGCCUCCGCUGGGAAUGAGUGGUGCGGCUGGGGCCAGCACUCAUGAUGCUGGUGCUCGAGCUUCGAUAGCUGAAGCUACAGGGUAUGCGGCUCAUUUGAACAUGGGAGUCAAUCUGGGCUCGCUGACGCUGGAGCCAAUCCAUAACAUCUCGCAGGUGUCGGUGCCGCCUUCCUUGACGUCUGACUACAAAAAUAGGCCGUCCAUGCACAAGCGCGAGAUGCUCGCCAGUUCUGCGCGCACUUCGGUCACAUUCUUGGGCCUGUCCAGCAUUAGCGUUAUGGCCCUGAAGGUCGGCCAAAACCAUUUGGAGCUAGCGCUGGAUUUGUAUGAUGUUUCAGAUAGCCUGAACUCCGACUCGGUCGAGCUUGAGAUCCUCAAGCUACGAGGCGCGUUCCUUCUUCCGGGAAAGGAACUCGCCCUCGACUUGAUAGAGCUGUAUUUCAAACAUGUGCAUCCAUUGAUGCCCGUAAUUAAUCGAACCGAGUUCAUGGCCAAAUUUGAAGACCCUAACGACUCGCCUCCCUUGAUGCUUUUGCAAGCAGUCCUCCUAUGUGGCUCGAGAGUCUCCGAUAAUCCAUUGUUGUUCGACAGCAAGGGGCUGAGUAAUCUAGCCUCGCUUACGUUUUUUAGACGUGCAAAAGCGCUAUACGAGACAAACUAUGAGAGUGACCCAAUUUCAAUUAUCCAGACUUGCAUCUUAAUUGGCUCCUUCUGGGAAGGUCCUGAAGAUGUCACGAGAAACUCAUACUAUUGGACCAGAGUUGCGAUUGGCUUGGCACAAGGCUUUGGCUUCCAUAGAGAUGUGAGCGCUUCGUCUCUUGUGAGUAGUACGAACAAGAAGAUAUGGCGGAGAAUCUGGUGGUGUCUAUUUGAAAAAGACCGCAACGUCUCGAUCGCCUUUGGUCGUCCGCUUGAAAUUGACUUGACUGAUUGCGAUGUUCCUAUGCUUCUGCUUGACGACUUUGACGAAAGUGAUCCAGAAACUGGUCUUGUGUCGCCCUAUCCUGUGGACGAAACACAAGCGCUUUACUUCAUUCACUUGGUCAAAUUGGCCGAAAUCACCGGUGUCAUCAUCAAACAUCAGUAUACUGUGAAAGCAGAGCAACGCAAACGUGUCAACAAAUUCUCUGUUAUUCAGCGCUGUGAUAUGCUUAUGGGUAUAUGGUUUGCCAACCUCCCGCCUCAGCUACAAUUCUCACUCACAGAUUCUUCGAAGCAAAAUUUCUAUGGUUGUCUUCUAAAUGCUCAGUACUAUAAUCGGUUGUAUCUUAUUCACAGAGCCAAUUUGUUGCGGAUGGCCAGAUCUUCCUCUUCAAACCCCAACAAUUACAAGUAUCCAUCAUGGGGUAUCUCUUUCCAAGCAGCACGAAUGAUAUCGAUCAUCUCCAAAAUACUCUUAGAUAAAGGAAUGGUGCAAUAUUGUCCUGUCAUGUUUGUCUACAUCUUAUUCAGUUCCCUUAUCAUGCUCAUUUAUCAUGUUGACUCGAGCAACUCUGCUAUUGCAAGCACUGCCUCGGACUCUUUGUUUAUAUCUAGGGGCGUUCUUAAAGAGUUGAGCCGCUACUGGCCUAUAGUCGAUGUCUUGCUAAGGCUCUUCGACAAAUACGCCAAUGAUAAAAUCAAGAGGGCACAUAUGAUUGAGAAGGGAGAAAUAAUUGCACACAUGGAGGAUUCGAAGGAGGGAAGAGCGGCUACAACAGGACUCACUGUACCUACUAGUCCUGGAGGGGCAGAUGAAGAUGAGCAAGAACCGUGCCAUACUUCUGGAGCUCUUGGAGGUCAAGAUGGCACGCUUAAUCAUUCCAAUGGAUCUCACCAAUUAAAUGUAGAUAGCCAAAACUUCGAAGGGGGUGAUGCAGGCGAUCAGGGAAGUUUAUUUGAUCGAAAGUCGACACCAUUGGGCAUACCUGGUGCCACUAAUCAGAUGUCAAACAGCGAAAACACUCCUUCUUCUGUGCAAUCAUUCCCGGAUAUCUCCUUGGUGACUGAGGCAUAUCAGCCAAACAUGUCCUUCGUGGAAAACUUCCAGCCUACUCAAUUGUUCCCGAUGCAACUCAACAGUCAGAAUGCGUCUGCCGCGCAGUCGCCAGCUCCGGGCAAUUUCAAAGUCAAGUUAGAGGGCGAGUACAAUGACAGUACGCCAUUCAGAAGUUUGGCCGGGUCCACUACGAACCUUAAUGAGCACAGUGACCUUCUCACGAACUUCGUUGACAACAGCUAUCUCAACAUGAAUUUGCAGACCAACGCGGAUGCAGAAGGUUUAUUUGGCGAAGAUAUGGGCAUGUUUUAUUAG